AUGUCCGAGGAGGAGCAGAGUGGGCUCUUCCAUGGGCCUGGCAAUGACGGAAGGGUUUCUACCGGCUCAUACGUCCUCAGGCCUCUGGUGCAGGAUAUUCCGCUUUCGACUGAGGAAAAUACAGCCCAGGCUCGUAUCACUUGUGUGGAGCUUUGUGAUGAAAACCUUUAUAUUGGCACUUCUCAGGCAGAAAUACUACAUUUUGUCUCCAUUCCCGCAGAUCCAGCAGACUCUUCUGGUUCGCAGUAUAUUUUUGCCUCGAGACUGCAGCCAGCGUACGGUCCUCAAAGCUCUGGUCCCGAUCAGGUUCUGCCUGGUGUGCAACAGAUUUUAGUUCUACCAAAAGUACAAAAGGCAUGCGUUCUUUGCAAUGGUACUUUAAGUUUCUACAGUUUACCUGAACUGAGUCCUGCCUUCGACAAUAACACGGUAGCUAAUUGCACAUGGGUGGGAGGUGUGGAUCUCAGCAACAAGUCGGUUGCAGAGGAGAAUGGGGUGGUCGUGAUGAUAUGUGUCAAAAACAAAGUCAGGCUUAUGCGGAUACGUGAUGAAGCUCGGCGAGUUCGGGACAUCGAGUUUCCAGGCUGUCUCAUAUCUACUCGCCGAGGCAAUUUUGCUUGUGUGGCAGACACUCACUCAUAUGCCUUGCUUGAUGUCGAGAAUCAGCAAAAGAUCACAUUGUUUCCUAUAUCAUCGCUAGAUGAAAAUACCGCAGGUGGAAGAGUUGAAAGUAUAUCAACUACGCCAGAUUCUACGGCUGUACGAAUCUCUAAUUCAUCACGCCCGAUAUUGAGCGAAGGCGCGUCGGAUGGUAAAGGUCAUGGGAGGAAUACAAGCCUCGGUGCCUUUGUUGGAGGCCUAGGAAGACGUCAAGCUAGUCCUCAAUCUACAAAUCGAGAUAGAUCAGGCCUUGCAACUCCGGAGCUAACCACGCGGGAUAGCUCUCCAACAUCAUCUUCAACUCGUAACAGGUCCACUUCAAAGCCAGAGAAUUAUACUCCACUGAGGUCAAUACCUGAUAAGCCCCUUCCAAUACCACCCGAACGACCCGAACGAUCAGAUUCGCUCAGGGGACUCUCACCUGCUCGAUUACGUCCUUCUGCAGUAUUACUGCCUCACAUAUGUUCACCGACGCCUACUGAAUUCCUACUGACCACCGGCACAAAUGAAAACGAAGCAGGUGUGGGAAUCUUUGUAAAUCUUGAUGGAGAUGUCGUGAGAGGAACGCUGCAAUUCACUCGAUAUCCUCAAGCCUUAGUCCUAGAUGGAAGCGGAAUCGAAACCGAGACUGCUGGUAGAGACGAGGAUCGCGAAGGUUUUGUGCUUGCUACCAUGACUAUACCUGGCGACGAUAGUGAUCGCAACGUCAUUGAGAUUCAGAGAUGGGAUGUGGACGAUGGCGGAAACAAGGACUUGAUUGACAUUCCUGACGCUUCAUUGACGGCAAAUGGCCAGAAUCUGGGCACCUGGCCCUCCUCAAAAAAAAUUGGACUUCGGACAAUCAACACUCCAGUCACUGUUCCAUUUCCAGAGAUCGGUGAAUUAUUGCGUGGCAAACGCCUAUCUCCUUCAAAAAUGAAUUCAGCUGCGAACGGCCCACAGAAGGUAGGCUCUGAAAGUCUCCCAGAAGCCUUGGAGAUGAGCAGAAACAAGGAAGAGGUUGAAUUCGGUCGUCGCCUUGGAGGUCGAAUAGGCCGUAUUACUCUAUGGUCAGGUUCUUCCGUUUGGUGGGUCGUUAAAAACCCACUUGCAACCAGGCUCAAUGCUGCCAUUGACGAAGUCUUGGAAUGUAAAUCGCAAGAGGACUCUUGCCAUGAAAUUGAGCGUAGCCGAAUCAUCCAGAUAGUCAACAGUAUCCGGGGACAAGAAGCUAUAUCAGAGACGGAAUUUCUCAGUUUGGAGUAUAUCCGCCAGAAAGCCAGCUUGGUACUGUUCGCUGAUUUAAUUGCGCGUCCACUUCCAAUGUCUAACGUACAAACAGCUGACUCAAGAAUCACCGAAGGAGUGCUUAUGGAGGGAAGUGUGGAUCCGCGAGUCAUACUGAUGCUAAUACCCGCUCUCCGUGAAGAAAUCGUUGAGGGGCAAAAGGGUAUCUGGAUACAUGCUGGAUUGAUCUCGGUCGUUGAACGCUUCAAUUCAGCAUUGCGCAAGACCUUUGAGGAAUUGGCGACACCCGAUUUGCUGAAUCUCAUCAAACGUUACCUCGGUGCAUGGCGACAACGCAAGGGCUUCGGAAGCAUUGCUGACGAAGUUGAAAUAUUCCUGACGGUCGAUGCAGCUCUUCUUCGUGUGCUGCUUGAGCAAGAUCAAAAAGAUCCCUCAAGGAUAUCGAGGCCUUCACCGACGAGAAUUGAGCUCUAUGCAUUUGUUGAUUCCGGUGUAGAUUGCUUUAACCAUGCAAUCACCCUGUUGGAGCAGUACAAGCGUCUGUUUGUCCUGAGCAGGCUGUACCAGAGCCGGAGAAUGGCCAGAAAGGUAUUGGAAACUUGGAGAAGGAUACUUGAAGGCGAACGCGACGAGGGUGGGGGCCUCGCCGAUGGUGAAAAUGAAGUCCGCAGAUAUCUGGUGAUUAUCAAAGACACAGGUCUGGUUGACGAGUAUGGCACCUGGCUUGCUAGACGCAAUCCCGAUCUCGGAGUCCAGGUGUUCACCAACGAUAGCAGCAGAGUCAAGUGGGAACCUCAACAAGUCGUCAUGCUACUGCGAAGGAAGGCUCCUGACGCCGUCAAAGUCUACCUAGAGCACCUGGUCUUUGGUAAAAAGAACGUGAAAUACGCGAACGAUCUCAUCUCAUACUACCUUGACAAUGUGCUUCAGGUUUUGGGAUCAUCUGAUGAAGCUCGAGGUGUCCUUUCGCAAUCUUACGAGUCUUACAGAGCACUUCGCCCUCCAAAGCCGACCUAUCGACAAUUCAUUACUGAAAACGCAGUCCCUAUGUCAUGGUGGCAUGAUCGUUUGCGUCUGCUUGAGCUCAUCGGCGGGAGUCAUGGAUCAGACUUCUCCUACGAUGUCGGCAAUAUACUAUCGCGCAUUGAGCCAUUUGAGCAAGAUUUGGUGCCUGAGUCUAUCAUUCUCGACGGCCGUCAAGGUCGGCAUAAGCAAGCCCUGCGUCUACUCACCCACGGGCUUGGAGAUUAUCAUACUGCUGUCAAUUACUGCCUGCUAGGUGGAGCAAGUAUAUUCCAUCCAAAAUCAGGGUCCGCUGCGAUUGCUGCGCCAUCUCAAGACGAGCAAGCCAUUUUGUUCGGGUACCUUCUUACGGAGUUUCUUCGCAUUCAAGACGUCAGCGACAGGUUGGAACGAACGAGUGAGCUCCUAGAGCGCUUUGGACCUUGGUACGAUGUACGGGACGUCCUAGAACUUAUCCCAGAAUCUUGGUCCGUCGAAUUGGUGUCAGGCUUUCUGGUCAGCUCCUUUCGGCGGCUCGUUCAUGAGAGAAGACAAGCUACUGUUAUGAAGGCUCUGAGCGGUGCAGAAAAUCUCCAGAUCGCAGCGGGAUUUGUUGAGAAGUGUAGUGAGCUUGGACCGCAGGUUGAGAAGGUCCCUUGA